CAGGACAAUUUUCAAUAGAAAUCGACAGUUGAUUUGAAUGAUCUUUGUGCUCGUUAUUAACAUAUCGGAACUGGAAUGUUUAAAAUGUGACAUAUUUUUGGACACAGUUUCGAUAUUGAAGCGAGAUAGAAAGGUUGUCUCUUCGGAGCACACAGAGAUUCCUUUACACUUCCUGAAGGCGAAAAGGGAUCGAAUUUGGUGAGUUUUACAGAAAUCUAUAGCGAUUAUCUCCUAAAUGCAAUCGCAUGAUUCGGACCGAAGAACGAGUUUUGCACUACGCCUGCCUGGAAGACACGUAACGGGAAGUUUUGAGUCCAGUUUCAGGUUUUUACGGGAAGAGGGUACAGAUGUUCCGCUGAGGAUUUGCAGCGUUUUUAGGACUCCAGAACUGGAGAACAAAGAGAAAUGGCCCAAGAUGUCCUACGAGACAGAGAAAACAUGCCUGCUAGCUCCACAUGAGUGCCGGACAUCAUGUGGUUUCCACACAGCUGAUGUGAAAUUUGAAAUCCCUGGAUUGGGAGAGGACAGCAUUUUAGAGAUGCUGAGCUACUCCAAAUUCUCUGAUCUGGAGACGUGGCUGUGUAUGCCCUCUACACUGCUACCCCGGAGCCGGGAUACAGUUUGUUCUAUGUCGCCACCAUCCCAUGAGAUUAACACCUUAAACACAGACAAAGAAUCCAGGCCCAUGGAGAAGGAGUCUAUCCAUCUGAGCCAGUGCCGGGAGAGGAGAACCCAUGUAUUGCCACCCUCCCCGCUACUUCCAGUUUCAGCCUCCCCUCAGUCCUCGACGCCCCUGCGGACCACCUCAGCUCCUCUGCCCAAGCCCACCAGGGACCCCUGUCAAGGUGGCGUUAGUGUGCGGAAACGACGGCGCCUGGCAGCCAGCCCCGGAGGACUGCACUGGGACGCAUCAGGGUCAGUGCUGCGUGACCGAGGCGAGACGUUGUCACUGUCGAAAGUGAAGCACUUCCCUCGUAGUGUGGAUUCAAAGAGCCCCAUCCCAGAGCUGUGGAGGGAAAGAGCGGCUCUUAGGAAAACUGUAUCUGUUGAUGACCGCUUUCUGCAGCAGACACCUCAAGAACAUCAUAGACUCCUCAGCCGACUGGAAAGGGGCAAGAAGAAACUCCGGAACAUCAAUACUCUGGGAGCCACUGGCAGAUAUGAAACCCAUAAAAAAUCUGAGAGCAAGAUCUCACGCUUGGCUCAGAGACUCAACCAGAGGCAAAGCGAUGCUGCACUAAUUAAGGAUUUCAGACCUCUAUUUCUCCUCACUGGUACACCAGGCAGCUCCCAGAGCUUGGAUAGGAACUUCUCCGUUAGUAUGACGCAACAGAUGCAGAACCUGCAGCUGACCCAGAGUAAGAAGGGGGCAGGGCCUGCCUCCCCCAGCGCUGCUAAGCGUCUCUAUCGCAACCUCUCUGAGAAGUUCAAAGGAAGCCACUCCUCCUUUGAGGAUGCCUACUUUUUCGGCCGAUCCGAUCGUGUUCGCAAAGUGUCUAACAUUCAGGGCAGCGAGGUUCUGUUCGAGGCUGUUGAACAGCAGGAUCUGGAUGCCGUGCAGAUCCUGCUGUUUCAGUUCACAGCUGAUGAACUGGAUCUCAACACCCCCAACAGUGAAGGCCUGACGCCGCUGGACAUCUCUAUCAUGACCAACAACGUCCCUAUAGCCAAACUGCUGCUUAAAGCCGGAGGGAAGGAGAGUCCACACUUUGUCAGUCUAGAGAGCAGAGAUGCCCAUCUCUCAGCACUGGUGCAGGAAGCCCAGAGGAGAGCCAGCGAGCUGUCUACCGAGGUGAUGAGAGAGAGUCUCAGCCUGGAAACAUCUGACAAGGAAAAACAGCUCAAAUCCUGGGAGUGGAGAUGCAAGCUCUACAAGCGCAUGCGCACCGGCUUCGAGCAUGCACGGCCACCAGAGGCUCCUUCGGCCGUGCGUCUCAGUGUGACUGGCAGCACGUCUCUUACCAUUACCUUUCAGGAACCUGCCAGCAUGAACUCCGCUGUGGUGACCAAAUACAAAGUGGAAUGGAGCUGUCUGAAGGACUUCUCCUUAUUAGCUGGAGAAAUGGUCCUUGAGAAUCUGCUGUCCCUGAAGUCCACAAUAACAGGUCUCACCACGGGAAGACAGUACUAUGUUCAAGUGUCUGCCUACAAUAUGAAGGGCUGGGGUCCACCACAACUUUCUCAACCCCCUUCUGCUGUUCCUUCCAACUGGAAGGACUGCGAUGGGAGAGAGAGCAGACGGAGAGGUCACAUCGAGGCCAUGGAGAGACUCUUACAGCAGGUUCGAGCCACACACCAGCACUACGCCUGUGGAGACACAUUGAAGCUGCAAAAUCCCAGUCGCAAACAGUCAGUGUCCCGAAGCCUAAAACAUCUUUUUCACUCCUCUACUAAAUUUGUCAAGAGUCUCAGAAGGGGAGUUUAUAUAGCAUCAGUAUUUUACCAUAAGGACAGUAUGCUAGUGACUAAUGAGGAUCAGAUCCCCAUCGUGGAGGUGGACGACUCAUACAGCAGCUCCCUCAUGCAGGACUUUCUGUGGUUUACCAAGCUGUCUUGUAUGUGGGAGGACAUCCGGUGGCUCAGACAGAGCCUGGCAGUCUCCACCUCAUCCUCUUCCACACUGCAGUCCAGACAGAAGAUGCUGGCGGCUGCUGGCCAACUGCAGAACCUCCUGGGCACCCACAACUUGGGCCGAGUCCACUAUGAGCCCAUCAAGGAUCGUCAUGGAAACGUGCUGCUUGUUACAGUAAGGGAGAUGGACAGCCUCUAUUCCUUUUUCAAUGGGAAGUGGAUGCAGGUAUCCAAACUGCAGAGUCAGAGGAAGUCUCUUUCCACCCCUGAGGAACCUUAUGCCCUAGACAUCCUCCUGAUCACCAUACAGGACAUUCUGGCUUACCAGAGACGCGGUCAGCACCGGCUGUCCUCUGGGCUUUAUCUGGGUUUCCUGAAGCUCAGCAGCUCUGUGGAUCAGAUCAAGGUUCUGGUUCCUCAACGGAUGCCCAACAUGCUCUGCCACACCAAGAUACGAGACAACUGGAAUGUGUCAAGGGAUGAGUGGGAAUGGCUGCAGUCACUGUCUGGCCCUGUGGAGGUGGAAAGAGCAGAUAAGGCUGCAGACUUCCUUCUCUAUUCUGAGCUCAAGACAGCCAUUAAGAGUCUGCUGCACCAGAUCAAUCUACCUCUCCAUCAGGCCAAGCACUUCCGUCUCUACACACAUGAGGUGCUGGAGCUAGGUCACAAUGUGUCCUUUCUUCUGCUGCUGCCCGCCUCGGACGACGUUUGCUCUGCCCCGGGACAGACCAACCCCUACACACCACACUCGGGGUUCCUCAACCUCCCUCUUCAAAUGUUUGAGCUCGUUCACUUCUGUUCAUAUAAGGAAAAAUUUAUCAGUCUGUACUGCCGGCUGUCUUCAGUGCUGGAUCUGGAUGCCCUGAUCACCCAGCAGGCUUUUAGAGAAGCUAUCACUGACUCUGAGUUGUCCACAGCCAAACAGAGACACCAGCUCAUAUUGGACUAUAUCCAGCAAUUGGACGAGAUGUGGCGAGACGUCCGCUGGAUCACAAAUGCCCUGCAGUAUGCACGCUAUAAACAGGCUCUCGGUUGGGUGCCUAUUACCUGGCUAGUAGAUGUCAGCAUGGAGCCUCCUGUCCAGAAGAAUGACUCCACAUCAUCUAACACAGACUAUGUGCCCUCUCCCUCUCCAGAAUUGAGAAAAAAGGCCACAGUUGAGUCCCAGCCAGGUUCUGAUGAGGAGGGCUGCUCUGAGGUCUUCCUCCCCACAGACAGUGACUAUGACUCAAGUGACGCUCUGAGCCCUCGUGACCUGGACUUGGUUUACUCCUCAGCCCAGGAUCUCUACCAUCAGACCACACAUGUCUUCAGUGGUAGCGCCCCAGAUGUUCUUCAGAUGCAAGAUCUAAAGUACAGCGCUUGCUCCAAUUCCAUCCUGGAGACCGAAACAUGCACCAAGGAUCUAGAGGACCUAUCAUUGUCCUCAUAUUCUGUGAAGGCCCCAGACAAACCUUCUCACUCGAAGUUCCUGGCCGAUCCACCAACAAAGCGCAAGCUGCUUUCCAAAAGCCAUCCCCAGAGGAGUUAUUUUGGUGGACCACAUCGCUGGCUGCGUGUACAGAGCGAGAGCCACACGCUUUCGCUGUCCGAAGGCAUUUACACCAGACAGAGUGAUAUUGACCUCCCGUUGGAGACGCCACUCUCCCUACCACAUUCUCCCACUACCUCCUACAGUUUGGAUGAGUACAGGCCGACCUACAGGGAGAGUAAGCCCAACGUCCGCAGGAUCUUUGUGGAGUCUUGCAGCAAAACUUCACCUAGCAGAGAUGUUGCAAACUGGGAUAAAGAGGAGGAGAAAGGGACUAGAGGAGCUGGUGCCACAGUGGCCAGAUUGGAGUACGGCACAACAGUAGAAGCUCAGGAUUUAGACUCAGACGAGCUAACGAAUGAACAAGUCUCAGAGGUCCUCAGCAGCACUCUUUAGAAUGAUCUGAGUGUUCCAUCAUGAAGACUUGUGGUUUUAGGCAAUAUAGAUUCCACCUAAAUUGCCUAAAAACCUAAACCCCACCUCUCCAUCUGCACACAUUAUAACAACUCAUUGUUGUAAUGAGUGAACACUUAGCCUAAUCAAUUCUUGCAUCCUUUCUGUAGACAGUGGAAGAGGAUGAAGUUGCUGGUCAACUCUGUGGAACUCAUAAACAAUGGCUCCGACUGUUAAAAUGUUGAUUAUCAAUGCAACGUGAAAUAAAGCACUGCUUUUCCUCAGAACUUGAAAUUGCCUCAGCCAAUAGAGUGCAACAGUGACUGCCCACCUUUUCAGUGGCCUUGUUUACAAAACCAGUUUAUCCCUUACAUUUUUCCCAUAGGCAUAUACAUUUAUUCAGAACAGAGUUCUUAGGGGACGUUCACACAGAUACGUAAUUUAAUCUGAGUUGCGCUGUUUUUUCAGCAUCUCUUGCGCUUGCAAGAGCAUUUUUAAGGCGCCGUGUCAAGUUUUCGGUCACAUCCGCACUAAUACAUUUUAGUUUAAAAACUUUUCGAAGCAUCAUCGGUUAUGGAGAUCAGAAAGUUUCUGGGUUUUGGAGAGGAAAACGCUGUUCUAGUGUGAAUGAGAGGCGUAAACGUAGCAAAAUAAAUGCAUUUUUAAAUAAAAACGUAUUAUUGUGGACAUGGCCACAAAAACGCGCCUCGAGACACGUGCAUUGUGUUACAUUCGAUGCUCUGCAUCUAGGUUUUUUUUUUUUAAAGCCAGAACACUUAAACCAAACUAACUACUAUAGCUCCAAGAUGAAUCACAACAUUACAACCUUUGAUCUAAAGUAAAGAAUUAUUUAAAUGGACUGCUUAUCCCACAAAGCAUUGCAAAUGACACAAUCGAAUCAUAAUCAUAAUUUAUUCAUGUAAUUUAUUUAAAUGUUAUUGCAAAAUAUUCAAAUAUACAGUAAUGUGCUGAAGUUUUAUGUAGUUAGUUUAAAUGUUGUAUAGUGGGGAUAUUAUUCAUGCCAUUAUUAAUUUUUAUUUAUCAGUUAACUUCCUUCAAAGUGCAGUAUACAACCAAUUCUCCUAGGUACACUUGUGCACAGUUUUUCAAGGUUGUUGGCAGAUAGGAUGUUCCUAGCAUCUUGGACAACUUGCUACAGUUCUAUGUAUGUAGGCUGUCUCAAUUGCUAUCUCCAUGUAUUCCUAGACUGACGCCAAACCAUCUGUUUUAGGACUGCUUGGUCUACUUUUGUUCUAUUGCAAAAAGCCUGUUUGGAAAUCGAAAACUGAUAUUUCCUAUUGACACACUAAAGUACAUGUAAAAUAACCACCUCAAGACAAAUGAUUUUGUGAAACAUCUAAUGUGCCUAAAUCUUUUGCACAGUAUUGUAUGCAAUUGCUUGAUCUAUAUUACAAUGCUUGAUGAGAGUGGGUGGUCACAGUCACUGCUGAACUCGUUGCACUCUGUUUGAUGAAGCACUCUUAAGAAUUGUAGAUAGUGAAUUAUACUUUUUUUUUUUUAACAAAGUUGAAAUCAUGCUUCAGAAGCAUACAUCAUUGGUAUUUAUCAUUAACAGUCUCGAAGCUCCUGAUAGGCUUGUCUCGAAAGGUUAACAUAUAUUCAUUAAAACCAUUUUCUCCGUGGAGAAAAUGAAUGGGAUUUUUCACUUUUGAAACUCUACUGUUGUUCUCUAUUGUGGUGUUGAAGGUAAAGAGUGGAGUUAAGUAAAUUGGCAGCCAGUCGAAAUUCAGUUUGAAGUAUAUGUGUUUACUUGCAAUGACACAUCGAUUUAUUAGCUAAUUUCACUUCCCAUUUAGAAUCGUUUGCUGUACUAUGGAAGUAUGAACAGUCAUGAUCCCCUUCAAACUGCAUCUGUUUCUAAUAGAUUGUUUUUCAGUGUAUGCAUGGAAGAAUGUCCCAUUACUAGAGACUGCUGUAAUAUUUACAUGUCUUUGUUACAAAACACAAGAGCCUCAAUUAAAAAAGUGGUAUCUAGUUCCAGGGGAAGAGUGUGUGGCAUUUGUUACACAACUCUGCAGCAAUCACAAUUACUUUCAUUGAAGAAAAAUACCUGGAGUUAUUCAUUGUUUACAUAUUGACAGUGAUUUGUGGUGUGUGAUUGUUCACAUAUGAAGAUUUAUUGCAGUUCAUUUGUUUUUAGUUUUUCCUAUUUAUGCUGGAUAACACACUAUUAUAAGAGGAAAUGAAAACCACUUUUGUUUUACAGGUUGGAGGGGAAGAGAAAACUGCACUUUUAAAUGGAUUUGCAUCCCACACUGUUUACUGUAAUAGGAAUAAGUUUAAUAUCUGGAUUGUUUGUAAUGGACAACUUUAGACCUUUUUGCAGAGAAAAGUGCAACUAUAUUUGCUUUAAUGCACAAAUUUGUGCCACUUUAUAUAGAAAAAGAUUUAUGAGUGUCUGGAUGAUUUAAUUGGGUUGUUCGUUUUGUAAAAUGAUUAAAAUCACAAUACUGGUUCUGUCAAUAAAGCCAUAGAUAUUUGAAAGGAAAGGUAAGUUAUGGGACAUAUCCAAAAAGUAGUGUAUUUAUUCACUAAUCUAUAGUAUUUUAAUUUAGCAAUUACUAUUACCCAAUUAAGCGUGAAUAUAGUUAUAUGUAUUCACAGUAAUCCAAAUUUAUGCCCUAGGAACUAAAACAUUUAUUUUCACAAAUGAAAAGGGCAGCUUACGCAAGCAACGUAAUGAAUGUCUGUUGCAAUGUUUCAACAAUUUGUUGAUGUUUGUAGUGUUUUUUGUUUUAUUUUUAAGAGUUUUCGGCUUCAAACGGUUGUACAAUGUUAAUGUACAGUAAUGUCAGCUGGUGCUUAAGAUCCAAUGGACAAAGAUGCACUGCUCUGACACACUUGUUGUGUGUGUUUGUGUGUGUGUGUUGGGGCUCAGUUCUUACAGUAUGCGUUCAACACAAUCCAACAAGGAUGAGGUAUUACCUAAUGUAUUCCGGUUAAAUCAUUGAACUGUUUGUGACAGGCAUUCCAGUUAGGGUAUUAUUAUAGGGUGUUAAAUUAUGAAUAUAUGUGUCUUGAUACCUUUAUACUGUGCAAAUUGCAAGCCAAAACAAUUAAAAAGCAUCAUAUCUGUAUAUUUUUGCAUUAUGCCUUUAUUGAUCCAAAUAAUAUAUUUGAGUAUUGUAUUUUUGAUGGUUGUUCCCAUGUCAGAUGAGUUAUAUGUACAACCACAAUUUUGUAAAAGCUGGGACAGAAUGAAAACAAAAAGGAGUGAUUUGUAAAUUAUAUUCACCCUUUGCUAUAUUGAAAGCACCACAACUACACAUAAUGUGAUGUUUUACCAUGGUGAAUUAUUUUUUUAUUUAUGUACAGUCAUUUCAAAUCAGAUGAUUGCAAUACACUCCAAAAAAAGUGAGAAGGGCAAUUUAAGACUAAUAACAAUUUGACAAGUGGAAAUAACAAGGCAAUGUGAAACAGGAGAUGUUAAACAGGUGAAGUAAUCAUGUCAUAAUACUGUAUAAGUAACCUCCAAAAACAGCCUAGUCCUUUAAGAGCAAGGAUCAUUCAGGACUUUGGCCAACCGAUCCUUCAGCAAAUAAUCCAGCACUUUGAGACCAAUGUUCCCCAAAGACAAAUUGGAAGGAUUUUGGAAGCAUUUCACCAUCUACAGUGCACAAUAUAGUUAAAAGAUGGAUAGGAAUCUGGUCAAAUCUCGGUGCGUAAAAAAGGCAAGACAAAAACCACUUCUGAAUGUGCGUGAUCUCUGAUCCCUCUGACAUCACUGUCUAAAAAAAACAUAAUUCAUCUGUAAUGGAUUUCAUGAACAUGGGCUUGGAAUAACUUCAGUAAACCUUUGUUAGUCAGCACCACUCGCCGCUGCAUCCACAGAUGCAAGUUAAGACUUUACUAUGCAAAACAGAAGCCAUACAUCAACACUGUCCAGAAGCGCUGAUGAUUUCUCUGGGCUCGGUCUCAUCUUAGAUAGAAAGUAGAACAGUGAAACUGUUUUUUGGUCUCAAGAGUCCACAUUUAAAAAUGUUUUUGAAAAACGCAGCCAUUGUGUUAUCUGGGCCAAAGAGGAAAAGACCAUCCAAACUAUUAGCGUCAGGUCCAAAAGCCAAGGUCUGUAUGGGCCAGGGGUGUGUCAGUGCCCAUGGCAUGGGUAACUCGCACAACUGUGAGAGCACCAUGAAUGCAGACUGAUAUGUAUACAUUUUGGAGCAACAUGCUACUGCCAUCCAGCACCGUCUUUUCCAGGGACGUUCCUGCAAUUUCCAGCAGGACAACUUCAAAUCACAUACUUCCCGGAUUACAAGUGCAAGGCUGUGUAAGCAGAGAGUGGGUGCUAGAUUGGCCUACUUGCGGUCCUGACCUGUCUCCAAUUGAGAAUGUGGGGCAAAUUAUGGCGUAUUAAGCACACCAUACGGCAACGAAGACCAAAUACAAUUGUGCAGCUAAAGACCUACAUAUGGAUGAAUGGGGGAAUAUUGCACAUUUUAAACUUAACAAACUUACGUCUUCAGUGCCUAAAUGCUUAAUAAGUGUUAUUAGAAGAAAUUGUGAUGUUUCACAGCAGUAAACACAUGACCGUCCCAACUUUUUAUGGAGCGGGUUGCAAUCAUCCCAACAAUCCCAACUUUUCCCUAAUUGGGGUUGUAACUUGUUUGUUUUUUGUGAUGCAACUUAAAUAUGAUGUUGUGAGGGAUGUGUUUUAAGUCAUAAAAAAUAAACAUUCUAGUGU